CUCUACUUUAGGGUAAACAUUAUAUCGAGUGCGAUUGCAGCAUCACUGAUGCGUUUUACCCGAAGUCACGCGCGAUUGGACGUGACUUAAACAAACUGGGUGCAAAGGGUAACCGGUGCAAAGAUGGCGUAACAGUACACCACACACGUUAUCGAGUAUCUUUCCGUUAUAUAAGUGAUGGAGAAGACCGACAGAUUUACGCGUGAAUGGUUCCUACACCAAAAGGGUGAUUGGGUGCGUAAUUUGUCUAACAUACCCGAGUUUGAUAUCGGGAAAUUAAAAUAUUAUUUGACAGAAAACAGAAACAAGACGUUUGACAAAGAGGGCAUGAGAGCCUACAAAUCACUUAAAGCGUACAAGUUUUUUGAGGAGGGGUAUGUGCAGAAGAUUUUGUCACUACAGAUUGACAACUCUUUCCUCGUUCGAGCUGAAGUGAUGGCUUCGAUGGCGCAGAGAGUCUACAAACCCUACGUUUGCCUUAGUCUAAAAGGCGAUGUCCGAGGUGGCUCAUGUGAUUGUGUCGCGGGAAAGGGUGAGGCAUGCAGUCACAUAGCAGCAUUACUGUUUGCAUUGGACGACUUUAUUGCUAAGGGACUGAAAGAUCUACCAGAAGACAGGUCUUCUACCGAUAAAUUGUGCCAGUGGAACAAACCAGCAAAAAGAAAGACAGAGCCUAAAACCAUUCACAGUAUCAGGAUAGUCAAACAGGAGCCAGGGAAAGUGCUAAAGGGGAGGGAGACUUUGGCUUCAUUGAAAUAUGAUCCCCGGCAACAGGUACAUCAAGUCAAGGAUGAGGAAUCUGCACGGCAGUUGAUAGAAGUUCUUGGUGGUGCAAAUCCAACAUGUGGAUUCAUGAAAUAUAACAAACCAGUUCCCAACAUUCCCGUUGAUACAGCAUCUUCUUUACAUACACAAGAAAUUGUGUAUACUGCGAAACAUUUUUUAGAUUUUGAUCUACCUGCUAGUAUUUUUGACAUCAAAAGUGCAUGCAUGUUCUUUAAGGACUCUUUAAAUUUGGAUCCAAAUGGAAUAGCUGAACUUGAAAUGAGAACAAGGGGUCAGUCAAGCUCGCAAGAAUGGCACAAUGCUAGAAAAUACAGACUUACUGCAUCUGACUUUCACAAAGUGUUCGUGCGCAGAAGUACAACUGAACCAUCAAAACUUUUGAAAUAUUUUUUGUACAAUAAAAUAAAACCAACAAAUGCAAUGCUGUUUGGACUUAGGCAGGAAAAACAUGCGAUUGAGAAAUUUAAAUCAAAGUUGGAGGCAGAGGGUGUAUGUGAAGUGAUUGUGGAACAGAAAGGCCUGACUGUUGAUUCGCACUAUACAUUUCUAGGAGCUUCAGUUGAUGGUAUAGCAUUAAUAAAUGGUGAAAAAUUUGUUCUGGAGCUGAAAAAUCCUGCUUCAACAUGGGACAUGGACAUUUCAUCUGCGGCAAAGAAGUUGACAUGUUUAAAAGUUAAUGAAAAUAAUGAACUCUGCUUAAAUAUAAAGCAUUCUUAUUAUACCCAGAUUCAGGGACAAAUGGGAAUCUUGAAUAUUUCAAAAUGCUACUUUGUUUUAUGCACUAAAAAUGACAUUCACAUUGAAAAAGUUACAUUUGAUAAGCAUUUCUGGGGGAAAGUUUUAUGUAAACUUACUCAGUUUUAUGAUAAUUUUAUGUUGCCAGAAAUUGUUUACCCUUCAGUAAAGUUUGGUUUGCCGGCCAUUGACAUAUCUAAAUUUUAAUGGAUAAUUAUGUAAUGAUACAUCUUUAUUUAAAGGUGAUUACAUGUACAUUAAAAAGUGGCAUCGUUUCAUUUUUGGUGUUUUUCUUUCCUAGCAUUGUUUACAUGCAAGUAUUGCUACUAAAUUAAACCAAAUUCUUUUUGUUUAUUCUUUGUCCAUCAUUACCUUUUCUUUCACAGAAAAAAUUUUGU